AUGGUUAUACUCCCGUCAACUUUUACUGAUGGGCCAAGGUACAUGCACGAAAGAACACAAGAUGCUAUGACCUACGUUAGACAUUACGGUCGUCCUGACCUUUUUAUUACUUUUGCAUGUAAUCCUCGCUGGGACGAGAUAAAAGAGCUCUUACUUCCCGGUCAAAGAUCAUAUGAUCGACAUGAUGUAAUUGCAAGAGUGUUUCGGUUAAAAGUCAAAAAGACCAUGAACUUAUUGACAAAAGGUAUAAUAUUCGGAGAACAUCACAUUACUCCGGAUCAAAUCGACAAUGUUAUUUGUGCUGAAAUACCCGAUCCCAUACGUGACCCUCAGCUUCACGAAAUCGUUAAAUGUAAUAUGAUUCAUGGCCCUUGUGGCUGUUUUAAUCGAAAUUCACCAUGUAUGAAAGAUAGCGCGUGCAGUAAACAUUACCCCAAGAAUCUCAUUAAGGAAACUCAAACUGGUGAUGACGGGUACAAGAGACGUUCAACCGAUGACGGUGGAUUUUCCGUCAAUAUCAAAGGCUUCGGUGAGUCCAUAAAAUAUGUGUGCAAAUACGUAAAUAAGGGCUCUGACCAGGCUUCAUUUGCCUUAGAAAAUGAGAAAGACGAAAUAAAAACUUACGAAAGUGGACGAUAUAUAAGUUCAUCAGAAGCUGUGUGGCGAAUCCUUGAAUUUCCAAUUCACGAGCGUUUCCCUACCGUUGUUCACCUUGCUGUCCAUUUAGAAAAUGGACAAAGGGUUUACUUUAAUGAACAAAACCUACAUGACAGAGUGAAUAGUCCUCCUACAACUACACUUCUCUCAUUUUUUGAUUUGUGUAAAGUGGAUGACUUUGCAAAAAAUUUGCUUUACCCAGAAGUACCUGCAUAUUACGUUUGGGACAAAAAAAAAUUCCAAAGAAGGAAGAGAGGAGUAAACGUUGUUGGCUGGCCAGAUAUCAAAAGAGAGCACGCUCUGGGUAGAGUUUAUACGGUUCAUCCGAACAAUACAGAAUGUUAUCACCUUCGUAUGCUUCUCCAUGAAAUCCGGGGCCCGAUUUCGUUUGAAGCGUUGAAAACUGUAAAUGGUCAAGUACAUCCCACUUUUAAGUCCACGUGUAAGGCUCUAGGGUUACUUGAAGAUGAUGAACAUUUGUACGCAGCACUAGAAGAGGCAGCACUUUGCCAAUCUCCGCACAUGAUACGGGAUCUAUUUACGAUUAUAUUAGUGUUCUGCCAACGACAGGAUUCCGUGGAUGCAGAACACUUAGCGGACGUAGUGUUGAACAAAUGCUUAUCGGUAAUAGAAGAUGCCGUGUUAGCAUUAGGUGGUCAGCCACUUAAAGAAUAUGGCUUACCUCAGCCAAGCAACUCUGAACAAUUUGAUAAUAGAGAGUAUCUCAAGGAAACAAGUUAUGACUUAGUAGCCUUAGAAGACGUCGUAAGAAACAAUGAAGAAUCUCUGAAUGACGAACAAAAGUUUGCUUACAAUCAAAUUAUUACAAGUGUUAAUAAUAAUGAGGGCCGAAUAUACUUUUUACCUGGAACUGGAAAAACUUUCUUAAUCAAUUUGAUUUUGGCGAAAGUUAGAAGUACUCGCGACAUUGCCUUAGCUGUAGCAUCUUCUGGAAUCGCAGCUACACUGCUCGAGGGUGGUCGAACGGCCCAUGUUACCUUCAAAUUACCACUCAAUCUAACAACUUCGGUCACUCCCUUUUGUAAUAUAUCAAAACAAAGUAAUUUUGGGGAAGUUUUAAAAGAUACAAAAUUAAUAGUGUGGAACGAAAUUACAAUGGCGCAUAAGGGUGGUGUUGAGGCUUUAAAUAGAUCUCUAAAGGAUAUAAGGGGAAAUAAAAGAUUAAUGGGUGGUGUAACGGUUUUACUGGCUGGAGACUUUAGGCAGACUCUACCAGUAGUACCAAAAGGGACCAGAACUGAUGAAGUCAAGUCAUGUCUUAAAAGAUCUACUUUAUGGCCUAAGAUUAAUAUACUCAAACUGUCAAAAAAUAUGAGGGUACACUUGGGAGAAGAAGAGUUUGCUGGUGGAUUUGCAGAUCUUUUACUUGAAAUUGGCAAUGGUGAUUAUCCAUCGUUUGAUGAAAUGAUAAAUAUCCCAGAAAAUUUGUGCACAGUUGUAACUACGGUUCAGGAUUUAAUAUCAAAAAUGUAUCCAGAUAUUGCUCAUAUUCAUGAUAAGCCUAUGGAAUGGUUGUGUGAACGUGCUAUACUCACUCCAAAAAAUGACCAAGCGGCGGCUAUCAAUGAUACUUUGCUGAUGUCUUUUGAAGGGGAAGAAAAAGUAUAUACUUCGAUAGAUACAGUGGUCAACAUGGACGAUGCAACUAAUUAUCCGGUUGAAUUUUUAAAUUCAUUGAAACCACCGGGCAUGCCAAAUCAUAGGCUUAUUCUGCGUGUGGGCACACCUAUUAUGUUGUUGCGAAAUUUGAAACCACCUAAACUGUGCAAUGGGACCAGGCUUAAAGUCAAAGCUUUACAUCGCAAUAUAGUAGAAGCCACAAUUUUAACAGGAUGUGCAAAAGGGGAAACUGUGUUUCUACCACGAAUCCCCUUUAAUUCCGAAUGA